UCCCUGGUGCACACUGGAGGGAAAUAAAACCUACCCCAACAGGAAGUGAAACAGUUGGUGAGCUUUUCCGGUACUCUGCACAGAUGCUGGGGCACUGAGCAAACAGCCCUCAGUUUCUGGAGCUGUUCCGAGUCCCGUGGAGUCUCCAUCUGAGCCCUUUCCUCGUCCAGGCAUCCCGAUGUUGGUGGAUGGCCCAUCUGAGCGGCCAGCCCUGCGCUUCUUGCUGUUGGCUGUGGCAAUGUCUUUCUUCGGCUCAGCUCUAUCCAUAGAUGAAACACGGGCGCAUCUCUUGUUGAAAGAAAAGAUGAUGCGGCUGGGGGGGCGGCUGGUGCUGAACACCAAGGAGGAGCUGGCCAAUGAGAGGCUCAUGACGCUCAAAAUCGCUGAGAUGAAGGAGGCCAUGAGGACCCUGAUAUUCCCACCCAGCAUGCACUUUUUCCAGGCCAAGCAUCUCAUUGAGAGAAGUCAAGUGUUUAAUGUUCUAAGGAUGAUGCCAAAAGGGGCUGCCUUGCACCUCCAUGACAUUGGCAUCGUGACUAUGGACUGGCUGGUGAGGAAUGUCACCUACAGGCCUCACUGCCACAUCUGUUUCACCCCAAGGGGGAUCAUGCAGUUCAGAUUUGCUCACCCAACUCCCCGUACAUCAGAAAAAUGUUCCAAGUGGAUUCUGCUGGAGGAUUAUCGGAAGCAGGUGCAGAACGUCACUGAGUUUGAUGACAGCUUGCUGAGGAAUUUCACUCUGGUGACCCAGCACCCGGAGGUGAUUUACACAAACCAAAAUGUUGUCUGGUCGAAAUUUGAAACCAUCUUCUUCACCAUCUCUGGUCUCAUCCAUUACGCACCAGUGUUCAGAGACUAUGUCUUCCGGAGCAUGCAGGAGUUCUACGAGGACAACGUGCUGUACAUGGAGAUCAGAGCCAGGCUGCUGCCGGUGUAUGAGCUCAGUGGAGAGCACCAUGACGAAGAGUGGUCAGUGAAGACUUACCAGGAAGUAGCUCAGAAGUUUGUGGAAACUCACCCUGAGUUUAUUGGAAUCAAAAUCAUUUAUUCGGAUCACAGAUCCAAAGAUGUGGCUGUCAUCGCAGAAUCCAUCCGAACGGCCAUGGGGCUCCGAACCAAGUUCCCCACGGUGGUGGCAGGGUUUGACCUGGUGGGGCAUGAGGACACUGGCCACUCCUUGCAUGACUACAAGGAAGCUCUGAUGAUCCCCGCCAAGGAUGGCGUUAAGCUGCCUUACUUCUUCCACGCCGGAGAAACAGACUGGCAGGGUACUUCCAUAGACAGGAACAUUCUGGAUGCUCUGAUGCUGAACACUACCAGAAUCGGCCAUGGAUUUGCUUUGAGCAAACACCCCGCAGUCAGGACUUACUCCUGGAAAAAGGACAUCCCCAUAGAAGUCUGUCCCAUCUCUAACCAGGUGCUGAAACUGGUGUCUGACUUGAGGAACCACCCUGUAGCCACUCUGAUGGCCACUGGGCACCCCAUGGUGAUCAGCUCUGAUGACCCAGCUAUGUUUGGUGCCAAAGGCUUGUCCUACGAUUUCUAUGAGGUCUUCAUGGGCAUUGGGGGGAUGAAGGCUGACCUGAGGACCCUCAAACAGCUGGCCAUGAACUCUAUCAAGUACAGUACCCUGUUGGAGAGUGAGAAAAAUACUUUCAUGGAAAUCUGGAAGAAGAGAUGGGAUAAGUUCAUAGCAGAUGUGGCUACAAAGUGAGGAGAAGCUAGUCAGCCCUCUACAAGCUGUCUUGCACACGCUGUCACUUCCUCUCACUCGUUCUUGAAUCAGCUCCAUGUGCCCAUGAAAUCAAUGGCCUCUGUAUGGAGCGACCCUGUGAGAAGCACUUGGCUGGCUGAGCAAAUUCAUCCGCUGGAAAUAUUCUCUCUCAGCCACAGUGACAUUGACCCUCUUGGUUUUCUCCUCUCUCUGGCCAUUUCUUCCAGUUUCCCUAUUUCAGAGUCUUCUCCUCUCUCUGAUCUCUGUGCUGUUUCCUCAGGACUCAGUCCUGGGCUCUCUUCUAUUCUGGUCUCUUUAUUUUUUUAUUUUUGUAUUUUUUCGAGAUGGAGUUUUGCUCUUGUUGCCCAGGCUGGAGUACAAUGGUGCGAUCUCAGCUCAGUGCAACCUCUGCCACCCGGGUUCAGGCAAUUCUCUUGCAUCAGCCUCCCGAGUAGUUGGAAUUAUAGGCAUGUGCCACCACACCCAGCUGAUUUUUGCAUUUUUAGUAGAGACAGGUUUUCACCAUGUUGGCGAGGCUGGUAUCCAACUCUUGACCUCAGGUGAUCCACUCGCCCCUUGGCUCCCAAAGUGCUGGAAUUACAGGCGUUAGCCACCAUGCCUGGCCUAUUCUGUUCUCUUUAACUCUCUCCUCUUUAUUGCUCUUCUCUCUCUGUACACUUUUCCUGGGUGGUCUCAUCCAUUCCUUUGCUUUUUCAUGCCAUUUAUUUGUUAAUGAUUCCCACAUUUAUUUAUGCACUUGGAGAGCUCACAGGAAUCUCAGAAACUGAUGAGGUACAAUUCUGAACCCUCAGUCUCUUCCCUUUAAACCUUUCUUUUUCUCUACUUUAAUUUUUCUAAAGAGUGUCUUGCUAUGUUGCCCAGGCUGGUCUCCAACUCCUGGCCUCAAGUGAUCCUCCUGCCGCAGUCUCCCGAAGUGCUGGGAUUACUGACAUGAGCCACCACACUCAGCCCUUUAAACCUCUCCCUGGCCUUUCCCAUAGCUGGUGAAGGACACCUCCAUCCAUUCCACCCAGUUGCUCAAAGCAGAAAUUUUCAGUGCAAGUCUUGAUGCUGCACCGUCCCCCACUCCCUACAUCAGAACGCAUCCCGCAUCCAGACUCCAGCGGUGGCUUCUUGAUGCUGCGCCGUCCCCCACUCCCUACAUCAGAAUGCAUCCCUCAUCUGGACUCCAGCGGUGGCUUCUUGAUGCUGCGCGGUCCCCCACUCCCUACAUCAGAAUGCAUCCCGCAUCCAGACUCCAGCGGUGGCGCUCUACCUGCACGCUGUUGCCAAGUCCAAGCUACCAUACUCCUGCCUGAGCUAUGACAACAGCCUCCUCACUGAUCUCCCCUUUCUUCCCUUUGCCUCCUCCAGCUCAUUUUUCACAGUGUAGAAUGACAUUUUGCUUGUUUGUUUUGUUUUGUUUGAGAUGGAGUCUCGCUCUGUUGCCCAGGGUGGAGUGCAGUGGUGCGAUCUUGGCUCACUGCAACCUCCACCUCCCGGGUUCAAGCGGAUUCUCGUGCCUCAGCCUCCUGAGUAGCUGGGAUUACAGGCAUGCACCACCAUGCCCGGAUAAUUUUUGUAUUUUUAGUAGAGAUGGGGUUUCACUAUGUUGGCCAGGCUGGUCUUGAACACCUGACCUCGUGGUCCACCUGCCUCGGCCUCCCAAAGCACUGGGAUUACAGGCGUGAGCCACCCGGCCUGGCCUAGAAUGACUUUUAAAAGAUCAAAUUAAAUCAGGUCACUCCUUUGCUUACAACGCAGUGCGUUUAGAGGCACACCCCAUGUCUCCACAGGGCAUACAGCAUCCGAUUUAAUCUGGAUCCAUUCCAGCGCCUUCCUCUCCCAGUCACCCAGAGGGCCCCAACCCCGGCAGCCCUUUCCUCCUCAAAUGUCCUCGGCUCUAUACCGUGCCUGGGUCUUUUCUCUUUCUCUCUGCCUGGAACAUUCCUUCUUUCCCCUUUUGUCUUGCCCACUCCUGUUUACCCUUCAAGUUUCAAGUUCAUGUCACUGUCUCAGAGAGGUUUUCCUGUGCUCGCCCUGUUUCUCUCAGGAAGCCUUGCUCUUUUCCAUCAUGCCUCUAAUCACAGUUUAUAAUCGGAUAUUUAUUUCUGUGUCUACAGUCUUGCCCUGCCAGACUGUAAGCCCCAUGUGGGCAGGCGCUCAUGAUUGUUUCUGAUUGUUUCACGCAUGCUGCUAACCCAGAGCCUGGGCCCAAAGCUAGUUAGUACUCAAUAAACAAUGCAUUGAAUGA